UGAUUUUUUAAAUAAUCCUAGCUAUGAACAUCGUGUUGCAAGUUCACCUUUCGUGUGCAUUUUUUUUAAACAGUUUGCACGCACUGAGAUGAUCCUCAACUGCUUGAAUCCAAAGUUCGCCAAAAAGUUCGUGCUGGACUACUAUUUUGAGAUGGUACAGAAGCUGAAAUUUUGCGUGUAUGAUAUUGAUAAUAACACUUACGAUCUGAGUGAUGAUGAUUUUCUGGGGGAACUUGAAUGCACCCUAGGCCAGAUUGUGUCCAACAGGCGGAUGACUCGACCACUGGUGCUGAAAAACAAUAGACCCGCAGGCCGGGGCACCAUCACAGUAAAUUGACAUUUCUCUUUUUUCUUAAUGGUGUACAAAGACCAGG